CUGAUAAUGUAGCAACUUAAAAUAACCAAUAGCAAGGAGAAUAAAAAUAAAGAUUUUAGCAAAGUGGAAUAGAGAAUUACACUUUUAUUGGAUGAAAAUCAAAGAUUAAAUAAAUCACUUAAAACAAAGAUGGAAGAACAUUAAUAAUUAAAAAAUGAAAACAACUCUUUAUUAAUGGAAUUAAAUAAAUUUAGAGGUUUAGAUUGUGAGUAGAAGAUAUUAACAGAAAUUAUCCUUGAAAAAACUGAAGAUUGUGACAAACACAAGCGAAAAUUAUUAAAAGCUGAAAAAACAAUAAUUGAUUUAGAAUAAGAAAUUUGUAAAUUAAAGCUUGAAAAAGAUUAGUAAAUUUAAUCAAUACUAGAUGCCUAAACUUAAAAUAUUUAAUUAGAUUAAGAAAGAUUAAAAUAAAUAGAUGACCUAAAAAACAAACUUAGAAAAUUUAAUUAUGGGUCUAAUGAAUAGGUUGAUUAAUUAAAAUUUGAAAUUAAUAAAUAUCAAUAAGAAAAUGACUCUUUGAAACUCUAAUUAAAGCAAUUAUAAGAAGAAAAUGUAACAAUUUUUUUUAUUAUUUGUAGGUUUCUAUUAAAAGAAAUUUAGGUUGUUUAAGUGGUUAUAUAAUAGAAAAUGAAUAAUUAAGAAAAGAAAAUUAAAAUUUGAAUCAAAAUUAUUAAACUUUAUUAGCAAAGUAAUGA